AUAGCCUGGCCCAACUUCUUUCUUUCUUUUUCUCCUUCUUCACUGAGGAUGAAAUGUGACCAGUAACCUCUGCUCCUUCUCCCACCCUUUCCCUGCCACGAUGGAAUUUAGGACUUCAACUGUCUUCAUUAGUUGCUUUUGUCAGGGUAGCUUGUCCCAGCAAAAGGAAUGCUGCAUCUUGUGUGGGCAAACAUGAAGUAACUAAGCAGAGCUGCCAAGUCAUGGCCAGUUCCUUCUGCAGAGGCGUGGAACAGGAAGCCAGGGUUGGGCAAGUGUGUCUUUGUCUCAUCGUCAUUAAGGGAACUUUAAGGAGAGGGCAUCGGGGGACAACUAAAAAGAACUAACGAGAUGGCCGAGCACGGGGAGGCCUCUGAGGAGCCAGUUACUGAGUUUGAUUAUGACCAUCUCCAUGAGCUCUCUGCUCUUCUCGGUGUGGAUGCAGUGCAGCUGGCCAAGAGCCAAGAUGAAGAAGAGCGUAAAGCACGAAUGAAAAUGAAGAAAGGUUUUAACUCACAGAUGCGCAGUGAAGCCAGGAGAUUAAAGACUUUUGUGACCUAUGACCCAUAUAGCUCAUGGACACCUCAGGACAUGGCAGCUGCUGGGUUUUACCUUACUGGGGUGAAACUUGGGGUGCAGUGCUUUUGCUGUAGCUUAAUCCUCUUUCACACCAGCCUCAGGAAAGUUCCCAUAGAAAUCCACAAGAAAUUUCGUCCAGAAUGUGAGUUCCUGUUGGGCAAAGAUGUCGGUAACAUUGGCAAGUAUGACAUAAGGGUGAAGAGUCCAGAGAAGAGGCUGAGAGGCAGCAAAGCACAGUACCAAGAAGAGGAGGCCAGGCUGGAGUCCUUUGAGAAGUGGCCGUUUUAUGCCCAUGGGACCUCGCCACGUGUACUCUCCGCAGCCGGCUUUGUCUUUACAGGUGAAAGGGACACUGUGCAGUGCUUCUCCUGCGGUGGAUGCCUGGGAAACUGGGAAGAAGGAGACGAUCCCUGGAAGGAGCAUGCCAAGUGGUUCCCCAAAUGUGAAUUUCUUCAAAGUAAGAAAUCGUCAGAGGAAAUUGCCCAGUAUAUUCAAAGCUACGAGGGAUUUGUUCAUGUGACGGGAGAACAUUUUGUGAAUUCCUGGGUCAGAAGAGAAUUACCUAUGGUAUCAG